GGGGUUGCGGCCGGGAAGGGAAAUAUGAAGGGGAGUAGUUGUUGGUGUCGCCGCCGCCGCUGCAGCGCUUCAGAUAAAAGCCGCAGGAGGAGACGCGGAGGGAAAACCGCUUGGGAAAAAAAGGCGGCGGUGGGCGCCCGAGGCGUGAUCUGAGCCUGAGCAGGCAGCGGCGGCGGCUUCGGAAGGCCAAGGAUUGGGAAAGCCUUGGGAGCUUCGGCGCGCGCCCGAAGCUCGCCGCCUCGGCCGGCACGAGGCGGACCGCCUCCCUUGAAAAGUUUUGGUCGGCGAGUGGGUGGGAGAGCUGGAAGACUGAAGCCCAGGGCGGCAGCUGCCUGAAAACGCCGGAGCCUCGCGCUGCUUUCUGCAGUUGGAGUUCGCCCCGAGUUGGGAGGGAGAGGUGCCAGCGCUUGGGGGGGAGGUUGGAUCCCGCCAGGUGGGUUGCGCGCGGACCUGGACUUCAUCCUUUGCGCAGAACCUUCGCUCGCUCUUGCGCUGGGUUUUGCCUUUUUACGAUUACUAUUGCUAUUAGCGGGUGUUUGCAGCUUAGUGUGCGUGAGAGGACUUGGGGGAUUUGGAGGAACUUCAGCGGUGCGGAAGAAAGGGAUUAAAGCAAAAAAGAAGAGAAGUUUUUUUUAAUUUAAUUUUUUAAGGGCGCAAAAAAGAAAAGUUCUGAAUAGAGAAGCUGUUGAAAAGCUGGAAAUGUCCUGUCCCUGUUGCAUCUUGGUUGGGUACCUGUUCCUAGUCCUGCUCUUGCAUGGGCUGGGAGAAGGUUCUGCACUUCACGACAGCAGGGCUUCUCCUCAAACAUUAGAAAAGAAUGCAUGGCGAACUUUCAAGGAAUCACAGUGCCAUCAUAUGCUGAAACAUCUUCACAAUGGUGCUCGAAUUACUGUACAGAUGCCACCCAUAAUUGAGGGACAUUGGGUCUCUACUGGUUGUGAAGUUAGAGCAGGUCCAGAAUUCAUCACAAGAUCCUACAGAUUCUACCAUAACAAUACAUUUAAAGCUUAUCAGUUUUACUAUGGAAGCAAUCGGUGUACCACCCCAAUCUAUACCUUAGUUAUCCGUGGUAAAGUCCGCCUUCGCCAAGCAUCCUGGAUUAUCCGAGGAGGGACCGAAGCGGAUUAUCAAUUGCAUAACAUUCAGAUCAUCUGCCAUAAUGAGGCAGUAGCUGAUAAACUAAAUCAGUUGGUGAACCGUACCUGUCCUGGAUUUGUAACAGAAGCUAAACCUUGGGAGCAGAACGUGAGCUAUGAUUUAUGGAGAGAAGAGAAUGGCUAUGAGUGCACAAAGGCACUGAAUUUUGCUAUGCAUGAACUUCAACUGAUUCGAGUAGAGAAACAAUACUUGCACCAUAAUUUAGAUCACUUAGUAGAAGAACUGUUUCUUGGAGAUAUCCACACAGAUCCUGCUCAAAGGAUGUAUUAUCGCCCAUCCAGUUAUCAAUCUCCACUCCAAAAUGCCAAGAACCACGACCAUUCGUGCAUAGCUUGUAGGAUCAUUUAUCGAUCAGAUGAACACCAUCCUCCAAUUUUGCCUCCAAAGGCUGAUUUGACUAUUGGAUUACAUGGGGAAUGGGUGAGCCAGCGCUGUGAAGUACGUCCUGAAGUGCUCUUUCUUACUAGACACUUUGUUUUCCAUGACAACAAUAACACCUGGGAAGGUCACUACUAUCAUUACUCUGAUCCAAUCUGCAAGCAUCCAACCUUCACUAUUUAUGCAAAAGGCCGUUACAGCAGGGGUGUACAUUCAUCCAAAGUGAUGGGAGGGACAGAAUUUGUCUUUAAAGUGAAUCAUAUGAAAGUUACCCCCAUGGAUAUAGCUACAGCCUCUCUACUGAAUGUUUUCAAUGGAAAUGAGUGUGGAGCAGAAGGAUCCUGGCAAGUUGGGGUGCAGCAAGAUGUGACUCAUACAAAUGGAUGUAUUGCUUUGGGAAUCCGUCUGCCUCACACAGAAUAUGAGAUCUUCAAAAUGGAGCAGGAUACUAGGGGGAAAUACUUGCUAUAUAAUGGCCAAAGGCCUAGUGAUGGAUCCAGCCCAGACAGACCAGAAAAAAGAGCAACCUCCUAUCAAAUGCCCUUAAUUCAGUGUACAUCAGCAGCCCCAAGAAUAGAAGGAACAUUAAAAGAAAACAUUCUAGGAUGGUAUAAUAGUGGAGCAUCAGCAAGGAAUUCCUGUGCAUUUGUGCUAGCCACAAUAGUGGCUAUUUAUACUGUGCCACACUUGGACCUUCUCAGCUAGAACAUUUUGAAAUUUCUCAGAUCAGAGCAAUAUAGGAAUUGGGAUUCAUGAGAAUGGCAUUUUUAAGACAAAAAAGAAUAAUUAUUUUCUUGAUGCACUUGAAUGCCCCAAACUUUUGUUAUUUCCUCAUGCUUUCCUGUAUUUGAAUCAUGAACAGCACUCAUUUCUUUGAGCUUCAUCCAAUCUGAUCUACGGUCUGACAUGACUGCACAAUAGUAAUUGCACUUUAAGACUGCAGUUUCUUUAUUUCAUGUUAAAAACUGUUACAACUAACCAGAACAUAUUCUGCAACUUUUCUUCCACCAGCUUUGCUGUUGCAGUCCAUUGAAUUAAAAAAAAAAAUAUUCACUGAAUUUAAUUAUCAGGUAUUAUACUAUAUCUUUAUCGUGCCAAUAAUAGAAAACUGCAUCUUUAAGCUACAGUGUACAUAUGUAUAUACAAAAAAAUUCAAACCAUGGAUGUAUCUGAACAUACUUUUAUAGAUUUUACAUAUUAAAUGCUUACAAUAAAAAAAACUGACAUGAACUUCUCAAAAAUUGAAAAUGUAUAAAGAUUUUGUGAAAUUCAGUGAUGCAGAAUAACACGACACUUUUUAUAUUGUUGCUCAAUACAUGAUAAUUUAAUGAUUUUCUGAUUUCCAGUAACUUGUGAUUAAAAUUUUAAAGUAAAAUGGGGGAGGAAAGAUCACAAGACUUCUCAUUUAACAUCUAAGGUAUUUUUAAAAUGAUUUUCAUGAAGAAAUGUUGCUAUAUUCAUUGCACGAACCUUGAAUCUCAUUUUAUUAAUCUGGGAAAUUCAUGAAAAUGGCUAAGUUCUAAUAAAUAUCAUUCUUUACAAGGGAGCUUUUAAAACUAAGAACAUGUAGAAAUUUCUUGAAAAAUAGUUUAUAAGCAACCAACUGCAUACUUGUGUUGGUUGAGCAAAGUAGAGGCAUUUUAGAUGAAAUGUAACUUCAUCUUUAUUAGUAAUGGGAAAGAAUACACAAAUAUGUAUCAUUGUUCUUUUUCUUUAGAGUCACAGCUCCUUCACCAAAUAUGACGUCCAGAAAACACAGUAUUCUACAGAUUAUGUUGUUUUCUACAGGUGUGCAUUUGUACGUACCUAUGCACUCACAAAUGCCUAUAUGGUUGCCAUCUACUAGUAUGCAUGACAACUACUACUGUGCAGAAAAAAAUAGUAAUGGAACAGAGCAUAUGGAUAAGCUAAACAACCAUUAUAUCACAUAAGAAAUAGAUAAGUCUCUUACAUAUCUUAUAGAAAAGAGUACAGUAUAGAUUAUGAUUUAGCCAUUUUAUAACUUCCUUAACUUUAGAAGUCUAACUGGAAUUAAAAAUACAAGAAAAGGAAAACUUAUCCUUAAAUAAAACUUUUAAUAUGUCAUGUUUAAUUGAAUUUUACAAAUUAACAUUGUAACUUAUAGUUUAUUCCCUUUUUAAUAAAAUGCAUUAUUGAAAAUAUUGCAAAGAUUUGAAUAUGAAAUUAAGAAAAAAGUUACCUAUUUUUUUCCAGGAAUUAUGUCCAAAGCUGAAUAGCAAUUCUGUUGUUUUUUCUUAAUGUUAUUUUUGAAUCUUUACAGCUAGCAAUAUGUGUAAAUAAAUUUAAAAGUACAGUAGUACAUCAUGAUCUUUAUUAUUUUUCAAAUGUUUCUAAAUACAAUUUAAAAAUGUUAUCACUUACCUACUUCACUUUGGAAGACAGAUGUAUAAUUCUGCAAUAAUGACAGUUGUAUUUAAACCCCAUUAUUUUUGAGUUUUUAAACUGAUAAGGUAGCAAGUUAGUUUUAUUUUAAUUGUGAGAAAUUGAAGUUAAGACUUAAUGUGCUUGAACUUCCAGUCAGGACUCUAUACCAAGGGUCCCCAACCCCCAGUCCGUAGACCGGUAGCAGGCUGCAGCAUGGCAGCAACGAGGCCACACAAAUAAGAAAGCCCCAUCUGCAAGAUGCAGGCAGCACACAAAACCAAGCCCCUCCGGUCCACGAAAAACCCCCUCUCCAUAUAAUUGGUCCCUGGUGCCCAAACGUUUGGGGAACUCUGCUCUAUACUGUAUUCACAUACAUGUACUUCCCGCAUACUAUUUGAGGAUUUAUGUGCAUGUUUAUUGACACAAUUUCUCUCUCAAAAUUUCAGUUUACAUAUUAAGCUGAUUGGCAAAACCGUUCCACUUUUAUAUUUAAUAGGGAAGAUCAUGAGGAUAUCACAUGUUCUUAAACUGAAUCUUGCAUAAUGCAUGCUAUUGUUUAAUGCUAAUAAAAGGACUGAGAUCUGAAAUGUCCAUCUCCUGGUACCUGGGUAUGCUUUUGAAAUUUACACUAGUGCUGGUUUAAAUAAUUUCCUUCCGAUUGUUUAGGAAAGAAACAAUAUAUACUAAAAUCAAAGGCAAAUUAAACAAAACAAAAACCCAGAAAUGAGCAUUCACAAGAUGUAUGAAAGCCACAGAGACAUUCUUAAAAGCAAGCAAAUUAGUAUCAUUUGAAAUACUAGGUGCAUAUAAAGUAAUUCUGGUAGAAAUUAGUUUUAUCUUAUUCACUUAGUUGAAAUUAUUUAUAUUCAACUAUCUUAACUUUUAAAAUAGCAGGGCAUGCUCACAAAUAACUUGGCAUGACAUUGCAGCUAACAUCCAAA